CUCUCACUGCAUUCUCUUCUCCAACAUUGCAAAGCUCCCUCCUAAGUUUCAAACCUCCUAAAAUACAAACGCUCUCUUCCUCAUAAUCUCCCAUAUUUUCGCUUUGUGUUCUAUUUGAAACUCUUUAUUCAACCCACUUUUCUCCCACAUAGUGAGAACUAGAAUUGUCCCAACCAUGGAGAACUUGUUUCGUCUUGCCGAUCACGAAAGUUUCUUCUCUCGCAGGUGCAUUUGGGUUAACGGUCCAGCUAUAAUCGGAGCCGGUCCAUCUGGGCUAGCCACAGCUGCUUGUCUUAGAGAACAAGGAGUGCCUUUUGUAGUCCUUGAAAGAGCCGUGUGCAUAGCAUCGUUGUGGCAAAAGCGCACCUAUGACAGGCUAAAGCUUCACAUUCCAAAGCAAUUUUGCCAACUCCCUAAGCUUCCUUUCCCUGAAGACUUCCCUGAAUACCCCACAAAGAAACAGUUCAUUGACUAUCUUGAAUUCUAUGCCAAGCACUUCGAGAUCAACCCACAAUUCAACGAGUGCGUUCAGUCUGCCAAGUACGAUGAGACUAGCGGAUUGUGGCGCGUCAAGACCGUUUUAACAAGCGCUGCUUCGACGCGCACUGAAGUUGAAUACAUUUGCCGGUGGCUUGUGGUGGCCACAGGCGAAAAUGCCGAGUGCGUGAUGCCUGAUAUUGAAGGACUAGCGGAGUUCGGUGGUGAAGUUACGCACGUUUGUGAGUACAAGUCCGGCGAGAAGUUCAAGGGAAAGAAAGUACUAGUUGUGGGGUGUGGCAAUUCAGGCAUGGAAGUUUCCCUUGAUCUUUGCAACCACAAUGCCUCUCCAUCUUUGGUUUGCCGUAGCUCGGUCCAUGUCUUGCCAAGAGAAGUUCUUGGAAAAUCUACAUUUGAAUUGGCGGUUUUGAUGAUGAAAUGGCUACCCCUUUGGCUGGUUGACAAGCUGCUGUUGAUUUUGGCUUGGUUGGUGCUAGGAAACAUUGAAAAGUACGGGCUAAAAAGGCCGGCAGUUGGUCCAAUGGAGUACAAGAACACUAUGGGGAAAACCCCUGUCCUAGACAUUGGCGCAUUGGAGAAAGUCAGAUCACGUGACAUUAAGGUUGUUCCUGGAAUCAAGAGGUUUUUACGAGGCCAAGUCGAGCUCGUCAAUGGCGAAAAGCUUGAUAUAGAUUCAGUUGUUCUGGCUACUGGAUAUCGCAGCAACGUACCUUCUUGGCUUCAGGAAGGUGAGUUUUUCUCCAAGAAUGGUUUUCCAAAGGCAACAUUUCCAAAUGGGUGGAAAGGAAAUUCCGGGCUCUAUGCAGUUGGGUUCGCAAGGAGAGGGCUUUCUGGUGCAUCCUCAGAUGCCAUGAGAAUAGCACAAGACAUUGGCCAGGUCUGGAAAAUGGAAACAAAGCAAAAGAAGAGAACCACGGCUUGCCAUAGACGAUGCAUUUCCCAGUUCUAAGAUACAACAAAUAUAUUUUUCAAGUCAACCAUCCAUCUAUUUAGUGAGAUUCUUGUAGUGUAAAAAAGUACUGACAUUGUAUAAACACACAGAAAGAAACAGACAGUACAAAGUCAGAGCCCUCUCCCAAGGCCCA